AUGUCGAACAAAGCAAUCUACCUCGGUGUCAUUGGAGUCGGUGGUGUUGGAGGUCACUUCCUUUCACAGCUGUCUAAGCUUCCAAACGCACCAUCUCUUGUCCUCCUUGCCCGAUCCUCGCAGACACUGACCUCUCCCGCUCCCUCAUACCCCGCCAUCCCUCCGGCUGACUGGCAGUCUGCCUUUUCAUCCUCUACCGGCCCAUUCACCAAAUCUGAGGCCUGGUCCCCGGAGAAGAUAGCUUCAUACCUUUCUCAGGUCCCAGGCCGAGCUAUCUUGGUGGACAAUACCUCUGAUCCUACCAUAGCCAAUGCCUACCCGCUCUUUACCAGUAAGGGAAUCAGCAUCGUCACUCCCAACAAAAAGGCAUUCUCUUCGUCCUUGAAGUUAUGGAAGGAUAUUUUCUCUACGGCAGCUAGUAGCAAUGCAUUGGUUUACCACGAGAGCACCGUUGGCGCCGGUUUGCCCGUUCUUUCAACCCUUCGUGACCUAGUUAACACCGGCGACAAAGUAACCCGAAUUGAGGGUGUCUUCUCCGGGACUUUGUCGUUCCUCUUCAAUCAGUUUGCACCACCUUCACCGCCAGCUUCUGGCGAGAAGAAGCAAUGGAGCGAGGUCGUUGCCCAAGCAAAGGAACUGGGCUACACUGAACCAGAUCCCCGUGACGAUUUGAACGGUAUGGAUGUUGCCCGGAAGUUGACCAUACUCGCCCGCAUUGCUGGCUUGGAGGUCGAGAGCCCCGAUACCCUCCCCAUCGAGAGCUUGAUACCCGAAGAACUUUCAAACUUGGAGGCUGGAAGUAAAGGAGCUGAAGAGUUCAUGCGCCGCUUGCCUGAGUUUGAUGGAAAGAUGGAAGAACUCAAGAAGGCGGCAGAGGCAGAGGGGAAAGUUGUGCGAUAUGUCGGUAGUAUUGACGCCCCUGGCAAGAGCGUGAAGGUGGGCUUGCAGAAGUUUGACAAGGAUAGCGCUAUAGCCGGCCUUAAGGGUAGUGAUAACAUCAUUAGCUUCUACACCGAGCGAUAUGGAGACCUUCCGCUCACGGUCCAGGGCGGUGGAGCUGGUGGCCCAGUUACCGCCAUGGGAGUUAUGGCUGAUUUGAUCAAGGUAUUGGAGCGGUUGUCAUAA